AUGGGGAAGGUAUUAGGCACUCCCAUUGUAGUUGAUCAGAGAACUCUUAAUCUAGAGUAUGGUAACUUUGCCUCAGUUUUGGUGGAUGUGGAUUUUGCGAAGCACAUUCCUAGUAGAAUCAAGAUUACAGCUGGGGGACGUACUUUCUGGCAAUAUUUGGAGAUUCCACGGGCUCCAAAAUUCUGUAUGAAGUGCUGCAUUAUUGGGCACAAUGAUGAUGAGUGCAGGAGGCAAACUAAGGGUGAUGAUAACUCUUCAAAGGCUGAUACUACAGCAAAGGGAGAUUCUUCCAAAGGCUGGCAAACUGCUAGGAAUAGGAGGCAGCGUAAAGGAAAGAAUGCUGAGAACUUUCCUGGUGGUGAAGUAGAGGAGAAUGCUAUUGGUGUGGAGGAAACCAAUCAGCUUGAGAAUGAGCUAGCUUCUUCUGAAGCUGUUUUUCAUGCAGCGUCUGUAGCUUUAGAGAAAGCAAAGCAGGCGUUAGCUGAGAAAGGAGUAUUAGCUAGUAGGUUACCAGUGGGUGAAAUUGGAACCUCAGCUAAGUCAGUAGGGAGUGGUGAAUUGGCUAGAACUAAUCACUCUAUCACUGAUAAGACUAAUGCUAGCUCUUCUUCUCCUUUUGAAACUUCAGGAAGGAAGGGAUGUGAUGUUGUGGUGGACAAUAUUGAGAAUUUGUCUCGCUACAAAGCUAUUAAUGAGAAUGCUUGUGUGCUUUCUCCUAAUAAAUUCAAUGUUUUGUCUGCUGAGUUGGGGUUGGAUUCUGUGCAGCAAUCCAAUGAGCAAAGGGAGGAGAGUUCAGAUGAAGAAAUCACUCCAGAGAAGGCUUCGUCAGGUGUUAGGGGGUCUAAAUGGUCUGACAUACCCGUGGAGCAGCCAAAGAAAUCUAGGAAACCUGUUAGGAUUCGGAUUUCUAAUGAUCAGAAAAGUACUUCUCAACAAAGUACAAAUAAGGAGUCCAAGUCUGAUUCGGAAACUGAGAUCAAUGAUUUGGGAAUUCGAGUUAGAAAGGGAUUCUCCCCAGUUAUACUUAAACGGAAUUCUGAUAGGAUUCCUGAUGCUAGUAAUAAUUCAAAGAAUAUAGUUUCCUGA